CACCGAUCCAACUAGGAAACUGAGCUCUCUCCAUCCCCUCUUCCCCUUUGGAUUUCUCCCUCCCCCCAACUUUUGGCCUGCAAAGGAGUCAUCUUUACGAUACCAAGUCAGUUCUUUUAGAAAUCUCUUUAGGCCACCCUCUUCUUUGAGAAAUUUUUGAGCUUCGGGGGGCUUUUCUGUAGAUUCAGGAAGUGGGUUCCUCUAAAAUUUUGAUUUUUGGCAAAAUUCACCAAGAAAGAUUCGAUCUUGGCCAAGAAGGAACGCGCCUUACUGAGAGUUCCAAUUAUUUCAGUUCAGAGGACGGCUUGAGGUCCUCCUAUCUCAAAGAGUUAGGGUUUUUGUGAAAUUUUACGGUUGGGGAGAUGAUCCAAUUGCUGUUUCUUGUGCUAUUUGCCGAGGGGGCAGUGGCAUUGCUGCUUAUGGUGAAAAUUGGGCCCCUGAGGGAGUUGGCAAUGAGAAUGCUGGAUCAGCUUAAGACUGGGAAGGGGCCGGCGACAGUGAAAACAUUGGCAUGCACUCUGUCUGUGAUUUUACUGUCGAGCGUUGCGAGCAUUGUGAAGAUCCAGAAUAGAGGGGCGAAGCUGGGGACUGUCAGUCCCAUGGACCAAGUCCUGUGGAGGACUCACCUUCUCGAGGCUUCUCUUAUUGGUUACACACUUUUCCUUGCACUUGUCAUUGAUCGGUUGCACCAUUACCUCAACAAAAUGAUCACUCUUAGAAAAACAGCCUCCGCUUCAAGAGAAGAAGUCGAAAGACUUCGAAAAGAUCACCUCAGUUCCAAAGAGGAGGAUGAUAAAUCCUCAAAUGAGGUAAAGAAGCUCCAAGAUGAAAUUUCUAGCUUAAACGAAAAGCUUCGAAAGCUAAGUUUGGAGAACAAAGAGCAAGAGAAACGAGCAAGAGAUGCUGAAGCCCAUGUUUACUCCCUCCAAAAGCAGUCUGAAGAAUUGCUCCUCGAGUAUGAUCGACUUCUAGAGGACAAUCAAAUCCUUCAAAGUCAAGCUUUGUCUUUGAGAGGCUAAGAUCCAGUGGAAGCUCUUUAUUUUUGAGAUGCAUGAAGUAAUAGAGAUAGAAAAGUCUAAGUUUUAUAAUUAUGUGAGUUUUGUUUGAUUUUGUAAUUUUAUUUUGUGGAGAUGAUGCUUGAGAGUAUAAAGAAUAGACUAGCUGAAAAUAGGACUAGUUUUAACAUAGACCAACUUCUGAAGUGUUUCAGGACUUUGUAAUGACCUUUUGGAUUAGUGGUUGUACUUAAUUACCUCUCCUUAGUUCUUUUUUUAAAUAUGCCCACUUUCCUACCUUUUCUUU